GGCGGCCGGCCAGCCAAAGAGCACUUGCGCGGCUGGACCACUGGACAUGAUGGCGAGGACGCGUUCCCGUGCUGCUGCUGCUCUCCUCCUCCUCCUCCUCCUGGUCGUCGUGCCAGCCGCGCUCGCGGCGGCGGCGGUCACCCGGGGUGACUUCCCCUCGGGGUUUGUCUUCGGCGUCGGCUCCUCCGCCUACCAGGUUGAAGGUGCAGUUGCAGAGGAUGGAAGAAAGCCAAGCAUCUGGGACACGUUCACACAUGAAGGCUAUUCUAUUGAUAAAGCGACAGGUGAUGUAACUGCAGAUCAGUAUCAUAAUUACAAGGAAGAUGUAAAGCUUUUGCAUGAGUUGGGUGUCGAUGCAUAUAGAAUGUCGAUUGCCUGGCCUCGACUUAUUCCUGAUGGCCGGGGAGCUGUCAAUCCGAAGGGACUGGAGUACUACAACAAUCUAAUAGAUGAACUCCUCAGCUACGGAAUACAACCUCACGUAACGAUCUAUCAUUUCGAUUUCCCUCAGGCUCUUCAAGAUGAAUACAACGGACUGCUUAGUCCUAGAUUCAUAGAGGACUUCACCGCGUACGCAGAUGUGUGCUUCAAGAACUUUGGCGACAGAGUGAAGUACUGGAGCACCGUGAAUGAGCCUAACGUCGAACCAAUUGGCGGAUACGACCAAGGAAUUCUACCGCCACGGCGAUGCUCAUUCCCCUUCGGCUUCGCUUGCGAUGGAGGCAACUCAACCACAGAGCCAUACAUAGUAGCACACCACCUUCUGCUUGCACAUGCCUCAGCAGUGUCCCUCUAUAGAGAAAAGUAUCAGGCUGAGCAAGGAGGACGAAUUGGGCUCACGUUGCUCGGCUGGUGGUACGAGCCUGGGACGCAGACUCCUGAAGAUAUAGCAGCUGCUGCAAGGAUGAAUGACUUCCACAUUGGAUGGUUUAUGCAUCCCAUGGUGUAUGGAGACUACCCUCCAGUGAUGCGGAAGAAUGUCGGGUCCAGGCUACCAUCGUUCACUGAUGAAGAGAGGAAAAGAGUAAAUGGGUCAUUUGAUUUUGUCGGAUUUAACCACUACAUUGCCGUCUAUGUGAAAGCUGAUCUUAGCCGGCUGGAUCAGAAACUGAGAGAUUACAUGGGUGAUGCAGCUGUGAAAUACGACUUGCCAUUCCUGAAGUCAAGUAACCAGUUCCCGUUCAGGUUGACGGACGAUUUUAUGUCGUCGACCCCCUGGGCUCUGAAGAAAAUGUUGAAGCAUCUCCGAGAGAAAUACAAGAACCCUGCAGUGAUGAUUCAUGAAAACGGAGCUGCUGGCCAGCCUGAUCCGUCCGGCGGGAACACCUACGACGACGAGUUCAGGUCGCAGUUCUUGCAGGAUUACAUCGAAGCCACACUUCAGUCCAUCAGGAAUGGAUCAAACGUGCAGGGCUAUUUCGUGUGGUCGUUUCUGGACGUGUUCGAGUACCUGUUCGGCUACCGCCUCCGGUUCGGCGUCUACGGUGUCGACUUCAGCUCGACGGCAAGGACGAGGUACCAGAGGCACUCGGCGCAGUGGUACUCCAGCUUCCUCCGGGGCGGCGAGCUCAGACCGGUGGCUCUGCCUGACAGGGCGUACUCCCAGUGAUCAGCACGCUCCAGCUCAUUCCCAGUGAUUAGCUCGCUUCAGGUCGACAAGAACAGAGCACGAAUAAGCAUUGAUAGUUGGGUGGUAUAGUGGAAAUUAAACAUGUUUUUGUUUGGGUAAAUGUGGCAUGCGUUGAAUAAGUAGAUUUUUUAGUAGGGUAUAGGCACCUGUUUCUUUUGGUUUAUUAGGAAGGCAGAGUCAGCAGUUUACAAGGAAGUGACGAUGUAAUGUGUUGCUAUAUGAGAUUACAAACUUACCCGCUUGUUUGCGUAUAGAAUUGAAUGCUCCAAAUCUUUUUCGAAAGGGAAA